UAUGGCGGACAUGUUGACGUUGGAUUUCCGGGUGUUUCGUUUCCCGGAGGCCAGCAUGAACCCCAGUGCGCAGACUCGUGACUGUGUUCAGUUAGCAGAGCUAGUCGGAGCGCCGUCCUUCGCGUUUUGUCGGGUUUCUGUCCACGGAGCAGCAGCGGGAGAGUUAAUGAAGCUUAGAGACAGAAACAGCAGCAGUUGGUGAACUCUGGAAAGAAGAGAAACGGUUCGAGGCUGAGCUGGAGCUGCUCAGUAACUGUUAAAGGAAAGUUUGGAGAGAGAAAAGCUAGCAGAGAUGUGGAGACAGCAGGUCAAACAGCGGCUGGAUGCAGCAGAGGAGCAGAGACACGAAAUACUGGAUGCUGCUUUCAGCCCCGAACAUCCCGAUGUUCAGCUGAUGCUGCUGGUGGAGGAAGAUCCUCCUGAAGACCAGAGUUCUGAUGCGGACCAGCCGGAUCCGGAGGCCGUCUGCAUUAAGCAGGAACAGGAGGAGCUGUGGAGCAGCCUGGAGGAAGAGGAGGAGGAAGAGGAGGAGCUCCCUCCCACUGAAGACGCGUUCCCUUUAAAUAUAGUCAUUGUGAAGGGUGAGAAUGACGAAGACGACGAUGAAGAAGAAGAGAAACCUUUGUUCUCACAUCGUCAUCAAGCAGAAGAUGAAGAUCUUCCAAGCAGCUCGGCUGACCAGACGAAGGCAGAAAGUGAUGAAGAGGACGGUGAAGCAGCAGGGUCCAGCAGAAGGCUUGACCGCCGCAUUCACAGAGACGCCCUGAUCUCCUCAGAGACCGAGGAAAGUGAGGAGUACGAUAGAUCGAAGCGCAGCGAAGCUGACCUGAAGCCCUUAUCGGGUUCCGAGUCCGGAGCCGAAGACGACUGGACUCCUCCGGGAAACAAGACCCUGAGCUGCUCCGAGUGCAACAACCAGUUCGCCAGCAAGCGCUCCCUCCAGAGACACAUGACGGGUCACUCCAUCAUUCGCUCUCUGAACUGCAACGAGAAGCGGAAGCAGAAAGACAUCAAUUCACCCAGUAAAGAUCAACCUGCGCUGAAGUAUUUCAGUUGUGACUGUGGGAAAAGUUUCACCAGGAGAACCGAUCUGAAGAUCCACAUGAGGAUCCACACUGGAGAGAAACCCUUCUGCUGCGACGUCUGUGGUCAGAGGUUCAACCAGCAGGCCCAUCUGAACCAGCACACCAGAAUCCACACUGGAGACAAACCGUUCUGUUGUGACGUCUGUGGGAAAAGAUUCAGCCAGAAGGCGCAUCUGAACCGGCACACAGUGAGCCACUCGGGGGAGAAACCCUUUGAGUGCGACGUGUGUGGGCAGCGAUACAGCCAACAGGCCAACCUGAACAAGCACAGGAGGAGCCACACUGGGGAGAAACCCUUCGGAUGUGAUCUGUGCGGACAGCGGUUCAGCCACAAGGAGUCGCACAAAAUCCACAUGAGGCUGCAUUCAGGAGAGAAACCGUUUGGCUGUGAUGUUUGUGGACAAAGGUUCAGCCACAAGGAGUCCCUGAAGAUCCAUAUGAGGACACAUACAGGCAUGAAGCCGUUCGCCUGCGAAGUGUGCGGACAAAGGUUUGGCUACAAGUCCAACUUAAAAAUACACAUGAGGCUCCACACGGGAGAGAAACCGUUUUCCUGUGAUUUUUGUGGACAAAGAUUCAUCCAGAAAGGAAAUCUGGACAAACACACAAGAGUCCAUGUUGAAGGGAGGGGCGUCUUACUCUGAGCAGCAGAGCAGAGCGGCUGAUUAUGACCGCAGGGGGCUUUGAUAGUUUGUUUUAGAUGAUGUAAUGUUCUUAAAUCGAUAUUAAUAUUUAUUUCUGUUAAUAAAAUGUCCUAAAAUGAG